CGGGCAGUGAGGCGCUGUGGAUGGCAGCAGCAUGCAGCGCAGCGUGCUUGAUUUUAUUUGCUAUGUGUGACGUUGAGAGAUUAAGGGGAGGGGAAAGGAUCAGCUACUCAGGGUGCUCUGUUAAGAGGCGCAAGUGAAUUUGAUUGUCGUCAGAAUGGGAUUGCCAUAUGAGUUCUGAAAAGCAUUUGGCUCGUGAAGAUAACCGCUCUAAAAAUAGAUUUUUUGGAGGAGAGUUUUCACUUCGGUCCAGUUUCGGGUUCCAGCUGAGCUAGCUUUACGAAACUCAGCUCCUGUUGCAAGACUACAGUGAGGAUAAAUCGCUUCUUAUUCUGCCUUCGGUGUUAGCUUUUGGAGAUAACGACACGCUCACUUGAUGAAAAUUGAACACCAGUGUUAUGGCCGACGACACAGAGAGUAAGCAUGGAGGAAACAAGAAUGGAAAGAAAGAAGGCCUCUCUGGAAGCUCAUUUUUCACCUGGUUUAUGGUAAUUGCUUUGCUGGGAGUUUGGACGUCAGUAGCAGUUGUCUGGUUUGAACUUGUAGAUUAUGAAGAAGUCCUAGGCAAACUUGGAAUAUAUGAUGCUGAUGGAGAUGGAGAUUUUGAUGUGGAGGAUGCUAAAGUAUUGCUAGGCCUAAAAGAAAGAUCUGUCCCAGAACAGCCAGCAUCCCCAGUGUCUGAGGAGACCAUUCAACCCGCUGAGGAGUCAUUCAUCAAAUCAGAGUACAAGAAUCUUGAUGUAGAAUUGGAAGAGGAAAUUCAGCCUGUUCUUCAUGAUGCUCUCCAUUCCCAGCCUGGAGAGGGACAUGAAGAUGUAGAUGAAAGCAUAACUGACCAGUGGCAAGAGAAGGAAGAAAUACAUGCAGAAACAUUUGAAGCUCCUGCAACAGAUGACAUGCUUAGAGAAUUAGAGAAUGAAGUGACAGAGGAUUAUGAAAUACCAGACUCAUUUCAGAAAGAUGCUGAUAUUGUAGCAGAUGAUCCUGGAGCAACAGAACCUGAGACAUACGAAGCUCCAGUUUCUUAUGAAUAUGAUAUGGAUUUGGAAAACACAGUAAGUGAUCCAGAAGCUCCAGGUAAUGCUGAGCUAACAUUAGAAGAUGCUGUUAAACACUACACAGAAGACAGAGAGCAUGGUGUUUAUGAUGAACAUGAAGCAAAACACGAGAAAGAGACCGAGACUCAAGAUACAGCUGUUGAAGACCUUCCUGAGGAAGUACAUGAAGCCACAGAACCAGUUAGAGAUGAAAUUGUUGAAGAGUUAAAAAUUGAGAAAAAACUACCAGUAGAAAGUAAGCAUACAGAAGAAGAUAAUGUGGCCACUGGACCAGAGGAAUCAGAAGUCCCUGUUCAAACUGAGGAUUAUUCAAACAAUAAUCUAGUGGGAAAAGGUGAAACAGAGAUUGAGCAAGACAAAAUGGAAAAAGUUAAAAAGAAGAAGAAGCCGAAGCUCUUAAACAAGUUUGAUAAAAGCAUUAAAGCCGAAUUAGAUGCUGCAGAAAAAUUGCGUAAAAAAGGAAAAGUUGAAGAAGCUCUAAGAGCUUUUGAAGCACUGGUAAAUCAAUACCCAGAAAGCCCCCGAGCAAGAUAUGGAAAAGCACAGUCAGAAGAUGACUUAGCUGAGAAAAUGAGAAGUAAUGAGAUGCUGCAAAAAGCCAUCAACACCUAUGAUGAGGUGGUUAGUCUGCCAAAUGUCCCUUCAGAUCUGAUAAAACUGAGCUUGAAACGAGAAGCUGACAGGCAGCAGUUCCUUGGUCGUAUGAGAAGUUCCCUGAUUACUCUACAGAAAUUAGUUCAUCUGUUUCCCAGUGAUACAUCAUUCAAGAAUGACCUUGGCGUUGGUUACCUCUUGAUGGGAGAUAACAGCAAUGCCAAGCAAGUGUAUGAAGAGGUUCUACGCCUGGCUCCAGAUGAUGGCUUUGCCAAAGUACACUAUGGCUUCAUCCUGAAGGCCGAAAACAAGAUAGCAGAGAGCAUACCUUAUCUAAAGGAAGGACUGGAGUCUGGUGACCCUGGCACAGAUGAUGGACGAUUUUACUUUCAUUUGGGUGACGCCUUGCAGAGAAUAGGAGACAAAGAGGCAUACAAGUGGUAUGAACUUGGAUACCAAAGAGGUCACUUUGCGUCGGUCUGGCAGCGCUCUCUCUACAAUGUCAAGGGACUGAAAGCUCAGCCAUGGUGGACAGCAAGGGAAACAGGUUAUACAGAUCUGGUAAAGUCCUUAGAAAAAAACUGGAAGCUCAUUCGAGAUGAGGGGCUUGAUGUGAUGGAUAAAAAAAGAAGCCUCUUCUUGCCUGAAGAUGAGAAUCUACGAGAAAAAGGAGACUGGAGUCAGUUUACUUUAUGGCAACAAGGAAGAAAAAAUGAGAAUGCUUGUAAAGGUGUUCCAAAAACGUGUGCUUUAUUGGAAAGAUUCCCAGAAGCUACGGGCUGCCGAAGAGGACAGAUCAAAUAUUCUGUCAUGCUUCCAGGAACUCAUGUUUGGCCCCACACAGGACCCACCAAUUGUCGGCUAAGGAUGCAUCUGGGCUUAGUGAUACCUAAAGAAGGCUGCAGAAUUCGAUGUGCCCAGGAAAACAGAACCUGGGAAGAAGGGAAAGUUCUUAUUUUUGAUGACUCUUUCGAGCACGAAGUGUGGCAGGAUGCUGAAAGUUAUCGUCUGAUAUUCAUUGUUGAUGUGUGGCACCCUGAGUUAACAACACAACAGAGACGAACCCUUCCUGCUAUUUAAGGGAUUAUAUCUGAUGUGAAGAGCCAGAGGAGUUUUAUCCUGACAGAGUAUGCAAAUAGAAACAUGCAGGGUUAAUUUAUACAGCAUAUGAAGAAUGCUAGUAUUGUAAGGGUUAAAAGAGAUAAUGACAUUCUACAAUCACAGAGGACUUGAGUUUAAAAAAACAGAAAGAAAAAAAAAGCAAAAAAAAAAAAGCCAUGUUUGUUUCAUACUGAUAUAGCACUGAUACGUAUUGUUUUUCAGGCUGCAAGUCUGAGAAUACAAAUCUUGUCUGUCAAGGAGCAAUACAGGUCUGGAUUUUCAAGCUGAGGAAUGUGCAGAUGUUUUUACCAUGCCUGUAUGAUGUGUUCAAAAACAGUCAUCUACCUGCCUGGCCACGUUCAGGCACAGGGUUUGCAAUAAUACAUCUGGGAAAUACAUCCCAGGCUUCUGUCUGCAAGCAGCACGUAUGGUAUUUAUAGACACAUGCAUCCAAUCAGCUUUGAUAAUCACUGUGCAGUUGUAGUGUUAACUGCUUUAGGUAUAAAACAUGUCCCUAUGUUAUCAACUCUAGAUAAUGUGAAUGGGUUGUGUGUUUUGUUGUUUUUUCUACCUGAAUAACUAUUUUUCUAGCAUAAUUAUGAACAGAUCUUCUUCAAUCAACCACUAUUUUUAAAAAUAAUGUAUAUACAAAGUACAUCUCUAGCUAUAAGCAUAUAUUUUACAUUGUGCUGUAGCACAACAAAAGUAGUAUAUGGACAGAUUUCAUUUUGCCACCUGCGGCCUUCUCUUGCCUUCCUAGAAAUGCAAACAGAAACUUGCAUACUCCGCUUCUUAGUAGAGCGUUGUCCUUCUAAAACAAAAUAGUUCUCUUAGCAGGUAAACUUCAGUUUUGUAAUGUGACUUUGGAAGACGUUGACUUGACCUAGUGGUGUUUUCCUUUUCUUGAAAUGUAUGGUACAAUCCGGAAACAGCAUAAUUUACAGUAUACUCUGUAUUUGCUACCCAGAGUUUACUGUAUGUUAAAAAGGCCUUAUUUUUAAGAGAGAAAUCCUGGAUGUUUAAGCAGUUGGCUGGUCUUUUGGUUCCUCACUGUUUGAUGGGAGAUGGAAGGUGCAGAAGCCUCCACUGUUGAUUUCUAAGAACACUAACAAAAUAAACUAGAGUUUGCACAGAUAAUGUUUGAAACCAGCUGUUAUCUACUCACCUGCAAAGCCAGCGGAGAGUGGAUAGGUGUGCUAGGAUGCUUGGGUCUGCUCAAGCUCAUCAAGAGCAGUAGCAUCACUAGUGAGGGUUGUGAGAGACAGGUACUAAGCAAGGAGACAUUAGGGUUACUGAGUCUUCAGAGCUUUGGCCUCGUGGUUUAAAGGACACUGAAGAAUUGUCUUAUUUGCUUAAUAUUCCAUGAUUUUGUACUGCAGAGACUACAUCAUGGUGCCUAAGUAUUGUAGGUAUAAACAGCCCAUGCUGCCUGAUUGCCAUAUUUGCUAGGCAAAAUAUAGGCAGCAGCCUUGCAUUCCCAUAAAUUGAAUGCUUUUUCAGACUUUGUAUUUUAUUAAGAGAUCUUGUAAUGCCAUGUAAUGCAUGACAGUUGUACCAUAAGCUGUUGUAACCCAUUUCUGGAGGUGUGCACUUUAAUUUCCUUUCUGGCUAUUAAAAAAUAAAUAGAACACACACUGAUAAGCCCUCUCUGUUCAAGAGUCAGUUUUAGGUAGCAGUGGUAAUUAGACUUUAACGUAUUGUCCAUAUCAGCAAUAACACAGAGUACCAUCUGCUGUAAGGUGACAGUUCUCUGUGAAUAAUCAUGGAAACUGAGAAAGAUUUAUAAGUUUCAAACUUUAGAAAAUAUAAAAGUACUUUUGGAGGUUUUACAAGAAUUAUGUAUGAAACUGGAAAUAAUGUACUUUUUAUAUUAAGGAGUCGUAGUACAGUAAGAAAAAAAGUAAUGCUGGUAGUUAAGUCGGGCUGUGCUUUGUAUCUCCAUACACUUAUCCAGCAGUAGAAAUUAUAAACUAUUUUGCUAUUCUGUAAAAUAAAGACAUAGUUUGUAAUGAAGUAAUCAAGAACUGUUUAAACCAAAAUUAGCAGCUUAGGAAUGCUUUUAUUAAUAUUGCAUUUUAGUUUCUAUAGCACAGAGUGAACACUAAAGGAGUGGUAAAAACUUUGGAGCUUUAUUUAUAAGAAAACAUGCUGUCCUGAUUGUUCCUUUGAAGUCACAUGCUUCAUGUAUACAGAUUGCAAUUGGCAAAUAGAUCAAAGUUACCUACCUAGAAUGUGCGUGUGCCUGAGUGGCACUGUUCAUUAAACUGUGUAGUGACAUAUUGACCGUCUGAUAUCUUAAGUGCCUUGAAUGUGACAAGGUUUCUUGUGAAUAGCUGCUGCAGCACUGAAGUGAUUCUGCUCUCUGCCGACCUGUCAAGGAGCUGAGAGCAUCUCUUUUUGUUAGAUUCAUUUAUUGGAUUAGAUACAUAAAUGGUGAAUAUAUAUAUAUGUAUGUAUAGUGAAACACAGAAAGUAGGCAGUGAAUAAGUAGUAUGUUAUUUUAGUUAUUCCUCUUUGCCAUCCAGUAUUUCAUGUUGUAAAAGCUUUUUAUACAUUGGAAAUACCAACGGAUGAAGUGAAUUGAAAUGCUUUUCAGAUUGAGCACUAUUGCAAUUUAAAUGUUUCAUUCUUCAGCUGUGUUUACAGAGGAAAUGGCAGCACAGGGCAUUUGUAAGGUAGUAAGUACAUACUUGAAUGAGCAGUGUAGGCCAUUACAAAGAUUCAGUGGCAGUGGAGAUAAGUGUAUUAACAGAGAAAAAUUGCAAACCAAAGUAUUUCUUCACUAAUGCUGCAGUGUAGUAGGUGUCUGCCUUGGUGUUGUUUUUUUUUUUUUGUUUGUUUGUUUUAUGUACGUUUGAUUUACAUUAUGCUUUAAGCAAGCUUGCUCUGACCAAUCCAGAUGUCUGAGAGUCUUCAUGAGCCUUGGGGAAAGGGGGAGCUGUGUCCAGACUCAGCUUUCUGUAGUGGGUAUAUAAUAAUAAUGCCAUAGGGUAGAGGAAUGGAAAAAAAAAAACAAAGUUAAAUGGGCUCAGUCAUUUGUUUAAUGUCCCUGCAAGCCUCAGAGUGUUUGCUGCUUUUUCUGACUCCUUUGCUGGGAACAUUCGCUGCCCUAAAGACUCUCUACUGUGGAGGCCAGGCCUUGCCCCAGUAACACACCGCUACAGAGGAAGGUUACUGUGAAUAAGACUGUCCUGUACACAUACAAGCAGGUACAACCUAGUUGUGUUAAUGGGAUCUGCAGGAUAUCUUUUCUGCCUUGUGCAAGUGUAACAGGCUGUGAAUGAAGGCAGUGUUUUGUUACUCCAUUUGUUAGGGAUGACCAUUUCCAGCUGACCCAGGCCACCACGUUCAGAGCAUUGCUUAUGAAUCUGGUGGAUGUUCCAGAGCUGUAUGAAAAACUUGUGCAGCCCGUGAGUUAUCAUCUCAUUUUAUAUAUGUAUGGUUUAUGCAGUUAUCUUUGAUAUGUUGGUGCCAACCACAUGUUCUAGGAACUGUCAGUGCAUGGCAAUUAAAUUGAAGACAAAAAGCAUGUAUGGUGGUUGUAACUGUUUUAGGAAAUAAAGUCACUGCUCAUGCAAUUUGA